CAAGCGGUCGCGCGUAUUUUCUUAACGCGGUAAAUACAUAUCUCCUGAUUUCAGUAACUAUUCGUCUCCGUAUAGUAGAAUUGACAGAUUUCUGUGCUUGUGUGUAUUUGUGACAGUUGGUUUGGACAAGUGAAAGGUGGUGUGAACUGGAUAGUGCCUGAAGGAACUGGUUUCGUCCGGAUUGAACCGCUUGGAGUAAACUAGGGUCGUGCCGGGUGGAGCAUGGGCGAUGGCAUGGCGUGAGAUGAGGCGCGUAGCGUUCGCGCUCGCCGCGCUGCUGGCCGCAGCGUCGUCGCGCGCACCAACCAACGACCCCGCGCUCUUUGAAGCAGCGUUCCAAGGGAGGUGCGGUGAAGGCAGCCCGUGCGAGCAAUUGUGCCGUGAGCUGCAUGACGGCACGUUCGAGUGCGGCUGCGGGCCCGGCUACGUGCUGCACGUAGACGGCUACGAGUGCUUAGAACUAAACUCAACGAAAUCAACGGAGAGUUCGUUGGACAAGCAAGAAGAUGUCCUUUACCAGAAAGACGUAUCGUUCUCCGCAGAGCUAGAAAUAGCACCGUCCAAUAGACUUAAUAGGUUUAAUAUAAGCGAAAGACAUAUCGAAAGCGAUAAGAGAAGACCAACAACACUGCCGACACCUUUAGACAACGUUAAAGAGCCCAAUUAUACCCUCACUGGUGAAAGAUCUAAAGAAGUCGAUGGAUUGAAAAGUCUGAUAGAAGAUGGAGUGAGCAAAACAGAUAUCAAUAUAAUAGCUGAUGUAAAGGAAAAAGACGCGUUGGAUGAGGCAAACAGAAUUAAAUUCACGACUCUUGGACCUAGCUUAGAGCAAAAGGUGCCGGGUGGGACUUUAUCACCAGCAAGGACAACGGCCGUGGAAAGCUGCCAAUGCAAUACGUGCAACGAGGCCAGCUGCAUAUGUUCAACCACGAAGUGCAAGACGAAUUCAAAAAUCGUAACGCCACGUUUCUCGGGCGCAUCGUGGCUGGCUUUGCGCGCACUGCGCGGGGCGUACAAGCGAGUGCGGUUACGACUGCGCGUCCGACCGGAGCGGGCUCGGGGAGUUCUGCUGCUGACGGGAGAACACGAUGACCUGUCCGGAGACUACCUUGCGCUUAUACUGAGGAACGGGCAUGUGGAGUUGAGAUACGAUUGCGGCAGUGGCGCAGGAGUUCUCCGGUCUCCAGAGCCGGUGCAUCUGGGCAGAUGGAACACCAUAUCCGUGUACCGGCACCGCUGGGACGCAUGGCUCAAACUUAACAAUGGGAAACGUGUGCGUGGCAGAUCUAAGGGUCUCUUCUCCCGCAUGACCUUCCGCGAGCCUGUAUGGGUGGGAGGUGCUGGCAACACCACAGGACUUCAAAGCAAGCUGGGCCUGUCAGAAGGCUUACUCGGAUGCGUCGACUUCCUCCGAAUAAACGGCGAUACGUACCGGCUUGUGAAGGAUGCUGUAUCUACUUCAGAUAUCGCUGAAUGCGCCCCGACCCUUGCCCCCUGGAGACCAGGCAACGAAGUGACGAGCGAAGCUAUGCCUCACAAACCAAAGCCCAUUGAAAUCCACGGCAUAUACGACAUUAACGACAUAGUCCACUUUGAAGACAAUGAUAUAGUCAUGCGAGAUGCUAGAGAUCACAACAAACUGGACAACUCCUUACUACAGUACAAAUACAAUGAUGUAAAAGCACAAUAUAAUGAUAAAUUCACAAAAUUCCUUAUUAAAAGUAAUGAAGCAAAAGAUAUUAAACCUAGAUUUUAUGACAAAAAAGACAAACUCUUCAUUGUUGACGGUAAAAGUGAUGACAAAAGUAUUCAUAAAGCACGAUUUAAUGACAAAUACGAUAAACGGUAUAUUGGUGACAGUAAAAUAGAUGACCGUAAUGAUCUCAAAGCACGAUUUACUAAUAAAUAUGACAAAAUGUUAAAUGCUGUUAGUAAAAUUGAUGACAAAUAUGACAAAAAGUACGUUGGCAAUAGUAUAAGUGAUGGGAGCAAUAAUGCAAAAGCUGGAUUGGAUGACAAACUAUUUAUUGGGGACAGUAAAAAUGCAAUAGUUAAUGAUAUCGAUAAUGAACUGAAAAACGAUGAAAUUAAAAAGGAUUGCGAAUGUCAGCACGGGGGUGGGUGUGUCAAUCGGGUCUGUCUCUGCCCUUUGGGAUACGCGGGAAAAAGAUGUGAAAUUACUCUGGAUUUAAAGGUACCUCGUUUCAAUGGCUCUUCGUAUCUUCGGCUGCCUGGUCUUGGGAAUUCAGCGCAAUCAUGGCUGGACAUACAGAUAACUCUUAGACCGACAAAUGGAGAUGGUCUGCUUCUAUAUGACGCAGAGCAUACGAGCGGGGAUGGCGACUUUUUCUCACUGCACCUCCGCGAUUACUUCGUGGAAUUUGCUUUUGAUCUCGGUUCUGGAAUCGCACUGGUCAGAUCAGCCUACCCUCUGGAGCAAAAUAAAUGGCAUCGUAUAUCAGUCAGCCGGUCGGGUCGCCGCGCGUCACUCCGCGUUCGACAGCACGACAGCGAGACGGACACGGCACGAUCUGUGACGUCACGGGGGACGGCAAGGCACUUGACGUUACGACAGCCGAUGAUGUUGGGCGGAGCUCCUCAACCUCUUCCGCCGAGGCUUGCUUUGAGAACCUCUUUUAGUGGGUGCGUUGGUAAGCUCGUGAUCAACGACGAGGAGCUGUCGGUCGUGUCGGCGGCACUGGGAGGCGUCAACGUCGACAACUGCGAUGAGUCGCACAACGACACUUGCACUGACUCGUUAUGCAAGGAAACUUUGGAAUACAUACCUUUAUACCCCCAAAAUGUCUCAGUCAACGACAUCCACCGCUCAAUAGUGGCCAAAAAAGGGUUCAAGACGAAAUAUCACAAGGUGAAAUCGAAAAAACAUUCGCAGCAUCUCCACAUAGAGAAAUAUAAGAAGAAGAAGUACUUGGCUAGUAAAAAACGAUUACACAUGGAGAAUGAUAUAGAGAAGAAAAAUGAUAUUAUGACGGAAGGGCCGACUUACGACGGACAGACGUACAUGCAAGUGAAGUAUUUGGACACGAAUGAAAUUAAUUGGGGCGACACCAAUACGUAUCCUAAUUUUAGCGGUACAGACAGUUUUAUCCACAUUGAUGAUGAAGAAACUAUCAAAAGGUUACUGAGUUACACACUGGACAUAAACAUCCGGUUCCGAUCGGUAUCUUCCGAUGGACUGCUCGUGUGGAGUGGCCGCGUUACUCCGCCAGGGGACUUCUUGUCCCUUGCUGUUGAGAACUCGGUACUUGUGUUCAGAUACGAUCUAGGUAGCGGUGAAGUAAUUAUCAUUGCCAAUCACACCAAAGUGGAUGACGGACUUUGGCAUAGGGCCAGAGCAACGAGGAACAGACAAGCUGGUGUUCUUGAAGUCGAUGGACUGGGUUCCGUCGGGAAGAUAUCUCCAGGAAAACUUAAGCAACUAAACACAGAAAAUGGUUUAUACAUCGGUGGCCUUCCGUCAAUAGAACUAAACACCAUGGGCAAAUACAAGAGUGGAUUAAUCGGCUGCGUCUCUCAAAUAUCAUUGAGCGGUGAUUUUGAUAUACCAUUAUCAUUAUCGAAAUUGCCUCACACUAUCACGAAUAACGUGGGCCGUUGCACACCGUGAACACACAAAAACAAAACAUUUAAAUGAACCUAGUAGAUUCAUUUAAAUGUAACACGAAAUAAAAUACAUUUAAAUGAAUA